AUGAUAGCUCCACAGGUGAUUGAUUUAGACUUUGGUGAGAUCACCAGAGAUCUCCAACCAGAUUCAGAGCCUAAUGUCAUUCGUAACUUGUUUGACAACCCUCACAAAGUCCGUGUUACAAUGAGUGAUAGCCAACUUGACCCCAAUUCACCUCUGUAUUCAGUUAAAAGCUUUGAACAAUUGGGGCUAAAUAAUUUGCUACUCAAAGGCUUGUAUGCCAUGGGAUUCAAUAAGCCAUCCAAGAUUCAAGAAAGAGCUCUUCCUUUGAUGAUUUCUAAUCCCCCAACCAAUAUGAUUGCUCAAUCGCAGAGUGGUACAGGAAAGACGGCUGCCUUUGUCUUGGCUAUGCUUUCACGCGUUGAUUCGACUAUUGACAAACCACAAGCGAUAUGUUUAGCUCCUUCUAGAGAAUUGGCUCGUCAAAUAUGUGAAGUGACUCAGAAGAUGGCUCAAUUUACGAAUAUCAAGGCAACUGCAGUCAUUAAGGAAAGCAGGCGUAGAACGAUUAAUGAACAGGUCGUCAUUGGUACACCAGGAUCAGUUAUGGACUAUAUGCGUCGUCGUUUUAUUGAUGUGAGUGAUAUCAGAGUGUUUGUAUUGGAUGAAGCAGACAAUAUGUUGGAUCAAGACGGUUUAGGUGAUCAAAGUAUCCGUAUCAAGAGCAUGAUCCCUGCCAACCCUCAAACCUUGCUCUUUUCAGCUACUUUCCCUGAUCAUGUUCGUAAGUUUGCUAGCAAAUUUGCACCUAAAGCAAACGAAAUGUCAUUGUCUAUUCAUGAAUUAAGCGUGGAUGCUAUCAAGCAAUUUUACUGUGACUGUACGAGUGAAGAACAUAAAUAUGAAGUAUUAUGUCGACUUUAUGAGCUGCUGACAGUCAGUCAGAGUAUUAUCUUUUGUCGACGACGUGAAACUGCGUUUGAAAUUGCUAAGCAAAUGCAAGAACAGGGACAUGCAAUUGCUUGCUUACAUGGUGGUAUGACGCCUGAAGAACGAGACAAGGCUAUGGAUGACUUUAGACGUGGUGAAUUCAAGGUCUUGAUUACAACAAAUGUUGUGGCUCGUGGUAUCGAUAUUCUUCAGGUUACUCUGGUUGUCAAUUAUGAUAUACCUUUAGAUCCUAGAGGUUAUCCUGAUACUGAAGCUUACUUGCAUCGUAUUGGUCGAACAGGCCGAUUUGGAAGAACAGGUGUUUCUAUCAUCUUUGUGUACAAUGAACAAAGUUGGAAGCAAAUGCAGUACUUGGAAAACCACUUUCAACGUCCGAUUGAGCGUAUACCUACUGAUGACUGGGAAGAAGUUGAGCGUAUCUUAAAGCCCGUCUUGUAA